CCUCGCGGCCUCUCAGACGAGUGGGGGUUAGCAGGGGCAGCUCCCAAGCCCCCUCUCGGAUCCACACGCCACCUCGACCCCGGCCCACCCCGGCCGUCACCGAGAACUGUCACCCAGGGGGCCUAGGGACUUCCGGAGCCCGACCGGAUCCGGAAGCUUCAGGGAGCGAGGGGGUGGGGCCGAAAGAAAUCAAAAAAAAGCGCGGCGAAAGCUGAAGGCCGGCGCAGGCUAGGUGGUGGUGGUCCCUAGGCGGGGCUGCUGCCAGUACAAUGGACUCCACGGCCUGCUUGAAGUCAUUGCUUCUGACUAUCAGCCAGUACAAAGCCGUGAAGUCAGAGGCGAACGCCACUCAGCUUUUGCGGCACUUGGAGGUAAUUUCUGGACAGAAACUCACACAACUGUUUACAUCAAAUCAUAUAUUAACAAGUGAAUGCUUGAGUUGUCUUGUAGAGCUACUUGAAGACCCAAACAUAAGUGAUUCACUGAUAUUAAGUAUUAUCAGUUUGCUGUCUAAACUAGCUGUAGACAGUGAAACCAGAGAUUGUCUUCAGAAUACAUACAAUCUGAAUAGUGUGCUAGCCGGAGUGAUUUGUCGGAGCAGCCACACUGAUUCAGUGUUUUUGCAGUGCAUUCAACUUCUACAGAAGUUAACAUAUAAUGUCAAAAUUUUCUAUUCUGGUGCCUAUAUAGAUGAAUUAAUUAUGCUCCUGAUAAAUCACAUUCAAUCUUCUGAAGAUGAGUUAAAAAUGCCUUGUCUAGGAUUAUUGGCAAAUCUUUGUCGGCACAAUCUUUCUGUUCAAACACACAUAAAGACGUUGAAUAAUGUGAAAUCUUUUUAUCGAACUCUGAUUACCUUGUUGGCCCAUAGUAGUUUAACUGUGGUUGUGUUCGCACUUUCAAUAUUAUACAGCUUGACAUUAAACGAAGAGGUGGGGGAAAAGCUGUUCCAUGCUCGAAACAUUCAUCAGACUUUUCAACUAAUAUUUAAUAUUCUCAUAAACGGUGAUGGCACUCUAACUAGAAAGUAUUCAGUUGACCUACUGAUGGAUCUCCUUAAGAAUCCUAAAAUUGCUGAUUAUCUUACCAGAUAUGAGCACUUUUCGUCAUGUCUUAAUCAAGUAUUAGUUCUUCUUAAUGGAAAGGAUCCUGAUUCCUCUUCAAAGGUUUUAGAAUUACUUCUUGCCUUCUGUUCAGUGACUCAGCUGCGCCAUGUGCUCACUCAGAUGAUGUUUGAACAGUCUCCAUCUGGCAACGCCACUCUAGGAAGCCAUCCUAAAUGUUUAGAGCCUACUGUGGCUCUACUGCGCUGGUUAAACCAACCUUUGGAUGGAUCAGAAAACUGUUCUGUUUUAGCAUUGGAGUUGUUCAAGGAAAUAUUUGAGGAUGUCGUAGAUGCUGCUAACUGUUCUUCAGCUGAUCGUUUUGUGACCCUUCUGCUACCUACAAUCCUUGAUCAACUUCAGUUCACAGAACAAAAUCUAGAUGAGGCUUUAAUAAGAAAAAAAUGUGAAAGGAUGGCCAAGGCCAUUGAAGUUUUGUUAACUCUCUGUGGAGAUGAUACAAUGAAAAUGCAUAUUGCAAAAAUCCUGACAACUGUCAAGUGUACCACUCUGAUAGAACAACAGUUUACAUAUGGCAAGAUUGACCUGGGAUUUGGAACAAAGAUUGCGGAUUCUGAAUUAUCCAAACUUGCUGCUGAUGUAAUUUUGAAAACUCUUGAUUUGAUUAACAAACUUAAACCAUUGGUUCCUGGUAUGGAAGUAAGCUUCUACAAAAUCCUUCAGGACCCACGUUUGAUUACUCCUUUGGCUUUUGCUUUAACGUCAGAUAAUAGAGAACAAGUACAGUCUGGACUGAGAAUAUUAUUGGAAGCUGCUCCACUGCCAGAUUUCCCUGCUUUAGUACUUGGAGAAAGUAUAGCGGCAAAUAAUGCCUAUAGACAACAGGAAACAGAACAUAUACCCAGAAAAAUGCCUUGGCAGUUAUUAAAUCACAGUUUUCCAACAUCAGUAAAGUGUUUAACUCCUCCUCGUUUGAAAGAUGGCAUUCCUGGAUUGAAUAUUGAAGAAUUAAUAGAGAAACUUCAGUCUGGAAUGGUGGUAAAGGAUCAGAUUUGUGAUGUGAGAAUAUCUGACAUAAUGGAUAUAUAUGAGAUGAAACUAUCCACAUUAGCUUCCAAAGAAAGCAGGCUACAAGAUCUUUUGGAAACAAAAGCUCUAGCCCUUGCACAGGCUGAUAGACUGAUUGCUCAACAUCGCUGUCAAAGAACUCAAGCGGAAACAGAGGCACGGACACUUGCUAGUAUGUUGAGAGAGGUUGAGAGAAAAAAUGAAGAGCUUAGUGUGUUGCUGAAGGCACAGCAAGUGGAAUCAGAAAGAGCCCAGAGUGAUAUUGAGCAUCUCUUUCAACAUAAUAGGAAGUUAGAGUCUGUGGCUGAAGAGCAUGAAAUACUGACAAAAUCCUACAUGGAACUUCUUCAGAGAAAUGAAAGUACUGAAAAGAAGAAUAAAGAUUUACAGAUCACAUGUGAUUCUCUGAAUAAACAAAUUGAGACAGUGAAAAAGUUGAAUGAGUCACUUAAGGAACAGAAUGAAAAGAGUAUUGCCCAAUUAAUAGAGAAAGAAGAACAGAGAAAAGAGUUACAGAAUCAGCUAAUAGACAGAGAAUAUAAGCUAGCAAACUUGCAUCAAAAAACAAAAGUACAAGAAGAAAAGAUUAAAACCAUACAAAAAGAAAAGGAAGAUACGGAAGAAACCAUUGAUAUCCUUAGAAAAGAAUUAAGCAGAACAGAACAGAUAAGAAAAGAGUUGAGCAUUAACGCUUCCUCCCUAGAGGUUCAAAAAGCACAAUUAGAAGGUUGUUUGGAAGAGAAAGAGUCCUUGGUGAAACUUCAGCAAGAGGAAUUGAACAAACAGUCCCACAUGAUAGCGAUGAUCCACAGCUUAAGUGGUGGAAAAAUAAAUCCGGAAACUGUGAAUCUCAGUAUAUAGACAUUAUGGCGUUUUGGAAUUUGUAAUCUAAUGAUAUUUUUUGAUGUAUUUAUCUAUUGGAGCUGGGUGGGUAGGGAAUUUGUGACUUAACAACAAUAAAAUAUUAUUAUCUAAUUUAGUAAAGAACCUGAUCUGAUGCAUGUUUUUCAUUUGAUUUUUUUGAAUUAGAAAUUUAAUUUUUUAAGUUUUACUUUUUGUUUCUGGCUUUUAUUGCUUAAGGUUGGGUCUCACAUUAGAAAAUCCUUUUUAGCCUCUAUUAUCAUUUUUCUCAGGUUCUUUCCUUUUUGUUGCUUUCUAUUCUGUUUUGCCUGUCUUAAUUAUUCUCAUUUGUGAUUAUUUAGAUCUUUAAGACCAAACUUUCUUGAUAUAACAAUGCUAAGAUUAUAAAUUUAAAAUAUAAUUAUUAGUAAAAAGAGAGAAGGUAUAAUACUGCUAGAGAAGUUUUUCUCUAAAGAAGCACAAAAGAAAAUAUUAGUGAAUUUAAAAUAAUUUUUAUUACUGCAUGACAUGACGUAAUUUCUAAAUUUGAAAAAAAUGCAAUGGUAAUCAAAUGUAUAAAAACUAGAAAACUGUUAUUGUGUUACACUAUUACAUUUAAAUUAUUACAUUUAACACCAUAGUUGUCUCAUAAAAAAUCUAAUAGCUUGUAGAAUUAUUUGUAAGGUAUCUUUAGUUUUUUUCUCUUUUUUUAAAAUGUUGCAUAGUGGUCCAUAUCAUCUGUAAUUAAAGUUUCUCAUGAUUUACAUAAGGAUAAUUUGGAUUCUACUCUUGCUACAUAUUCAGAAAAAUAUUAUUUACUGUUAAUUCUGACAGGAAUUCCAUUUAAUAUGUUGUCUUAAAUAGUUUUUAAUUCAUUUAAUUUUAAAGGAUAGGGUAGAUAUCUUUGUGGGUUUUUUUAAGUACAAGAGUCCUUCCGUAUUUUUCAUUUGAAUCAUAUACUCUAACUACUCUGUAAGAAAAGCUUUUACAUUAAUAUUUUGAUUUAAUUUAUUGCUCUACCAUUACAGUCAUUAAUUUUACUUGGUUUUCUUCACCAUAUAUCUCUUUAAGUGAAUUUAGAUUUUUUGUACAGUUCUGGAAAUUUUUAACAAGUAUUGUGCAGAGUAAAACAUUUUAAAUUACUACUUGUUCUAAAGAGGAGGUACAUUCUAUUUCUCUUUUGAAAUGGCAUUUUCAACCAAAUAUAAAAAAGUUUAAGUGGGUAGAUAUGACUGAAGAACAGAAGGUUCUAUAAAAUAAAAGGGACAAAAAGUUAAAGAAAUAAAUGAAUGAACCAAAAACUCUAGGGAAAGUCAAUCUAUCUUUACAAUUUAGACAUCUUGAGGCAGCCUAUCCUAGUGCUGCCCUACACAAUUUUCUGUGAUGAUGGCAAUGUUCUAUCCUGUCCAGUACCAUAGCCAGUGGCUAUAGGUGGCCAUUGAGCACUUGAAAUGUGGCCCGUGCAACUGAAAAAAA